GGGAGGACGCCGAGCGCCGAAGCAGGGGCCCGGGCUGGGGGCGCGGCGGGGCUGCGCGCACGCUGGGGCGCGGAGGGCGAAAUGAGUCUGGUUGGGGGCUUCCCUCACCACCCGGUGGUGCACCAUGAGGGCUAUCCGUUCGCCGCGGCCGCGGCCGCUGCGGCCGCCGCGGCCGCCAGCCGCUGCAGCCACGAGGAGAACCCCUACUUCCACGGCUGGCUCAUCGGCCACCCCGAGAUGUCGCCCCCCGACUACAGCAUGGCCCUGUCCUACAGUCCGGAGUACGCCAGCGGUGCCGCCAGCCUGGACCACUCCCAUUACGGGGGGGUGCCGCCGGGCGCCGGGCCCCCGGGCCUGGGGGGGCCGCGCCCGGUGAAGCGCCGGGGCACAGCCAACCGCAAGGAGCGGCGCAGGACUCAGAGCAUCAACAGCGCCUUCGCCGAGCUGCGCGAGUGUAUCCCCAAUGUGCCCGCCGACACCAAACUCUCCAAGAUCAAGACGCUGCGCCUGGCCACCAGCUACAUCGCCUACCUCAUGGACCUGCUGGCCAAGGACGACCAGAACGGCGAGGCGGAGGCCUUUAAGGCGGAAAUCAAGAAGACAGAUGUGAAAGAAGAGAAAAGGAAGAAGGAGCUGAAUGAAAUCUUGAAAAGCACAGUGAGCAGCAACGACAAGAAAACCAAAGGCCGGACGGGCUGGCCGCAGCAUGUCUGGGCCCUGGAGCUCAAGCAGUGAGGUGGAGAAGGAGGAGGAGGAGGAGGAGGAAGAGGAGGAGGAGAGCGCGAGCCAGGCCCUGGAGCCGGAUGCAGACCCAGGACUCCGGGGCGAGCUCUGCGCACUCCGCUCUGAGGACUUCCUGCAUUUGGAUCAUCCGGUUUAUUUAUGUGCAAUGUGCCUCCCUCUCUUUGCCCCCCUUUGAGGCAUCCGCUCCCCACCACCCCCUCCAAAAAAGUGGAUAUUUGAAGAAAAGCAUUCCAUAUUUUAAUAUGAAGAGGACACUCCCGCGUGGUAAGGGAUCCCGUCGUCGUCUUGUAGAUUCUCUGUUUGUGAAUGUUUCCUCUUGGCUGUGUAGACACCAGCGUUGCUCCCUCCCCACCUAUCCAGCCCCUUACAGAUAAAGACAGCUGAUAAUAGUGUAUUUGUGAAGUGUAUCUUUAAUACCUGGCCUUUGGAUAUAAAUAUUCCUGGGGAUUAUAAAGUUUUAUUUCAAAGCAGAAAACGGGGCCGCUAACAUUUCCGUUGGGGUCGGUAUCUAGUGCUGCCGUUUCAUCUGUGUGGUUCCCUAUUUGAAGAUGUUUCCAACAGCUCCUUGUUUUGUGCACUUCCGUCCUCUAAAACUAAGUGGAAUUUAAUUAAUAUUGAAGGUGUAAACGUUGUAAGUAAUCAAUAAACCACUGUGUGUUUUUUUUUUUUUACAAAACCCCAAUCUUUUAAUGGUUGAUACCUCAAAAGAGUUCUGAAAACAAAACUGUUAUACUUGUUUUCAUUAUAUUUAAAAUAUUCAGAAGUAAACUAAAUUAUCAUG